CUUGCACUAGCACCAUGGGAGAGCUUCAUUAGUGCUCAGCCUCUUCGUAUCUCUUCCCUGUCCCGCUUAUUACCACAGGAGCAGAUGAAUUUCAAAGCAUCGUUUGAGAGGACACAGCCAGCCCUCCAAAGCGUUGGAGCAGCGAUACCAAGCGGCUAAAAUCUCCUGUUUAACCCCCCCAAAAAGAGGCAAACUAUGCCAGCAGCACCAGAGUCGCUCCCCCUGGUGACUUGCCAGCUGAUUGGUCAGACCAUCCUACCCCCAACUAGCGUCCCUGUCCAUACUGGCAGAUCCAUGCUGCUGGAUGCCACUCUCAGAGCCACACCUACACCAUGAGCGCCAACGGGCCUACCCCAGACCCAGCCCCAGCCCCAGCCCCGGAAGCCCCUCCAACCUCGACGCCUGCCCCAGCCCCUGCUCCGGCACCUACUCCGACCCCAACCCCGGCUUCGGCACCGGCGCCAGCGGCAUCAGCCGCUCCACCUGCCUCAUCGACCUCGACUAUCCCGGUUGGUGCGUUGGCACAGAAGAAGCGGCAGCAGUAUGCCAAGAGCAAGAAACAGGGCAGUAAUGCCAAUAGCAGGCCGCCGAGGGCUCUGUUCUGCCUCAAUCUUAACAAUCCCAUACGUAGGGCCUGCAUCAGCCUGGUGGAGUGGAAGCCAUUUGAUAUCUUUAUACUAAUUGCUAUAUUUGCCAACUGUAUGGCCUUAGCUGUCUAUGUACCUUUUCCGGAAGAUGAUUCCAACUCCACAAACCAUGACUUGGAGACAGUCGAGUAUGCCUUCCUCAUCAUUUUCACAAUUGAAACUUUUCUGAAAAUUAUCGCUUACGGUUUGGUGAUGCAUCAAAAUGCCUACGUGAGAAAUGGUUGGAACAUGCUGGAUUUCGUCAUUGUCGUCAUUGGACUCUUCAGUGUUGUCUUGGAGAUUCUGACCAAAGAUGAAAAGGCAGACGGUGAGGGAGAAGAAAAUCACCCAUCCAUGCACGGUCACGGCGGUAAACCCGGUGGAUUUGACGUAAAAGCCCUUCGAGCCUUCCGUGUGCUGCGUCCCCUGCGGCUGGUCUCAGGAGUACCCAGUUUACAAGUGGUGUUGAACUCCAUCAUCAAAGCCAUGGUCCCUCUCCUUCAUAUUGCCCUCCUGGUCUUGUUUGUCAUCAUUAUCUAUGCUAUUAUUGGCCUGGAGCUUUUCAUUGGUAAAAUGCACGCAACCUGCUACCUUCCUGGCUCAGACAUCAUAGCAGAGGAUGAUGCUGCUCCAUGCGCGAUCUCAGGGCACGGGCGGCAAUGCCCCAUUAACGGCACCGAGUGCAGGGAAGGCUGGCAAGGCCCUAACGGCGGUAUCACCAACUUCGACAACUUCCUGUUCGCCAUGCUGACUGUGUUUCAAUGCAUAACUAUGGAGGGGUGGACUGACGUGCUCUACUGGAUGAACGAUGCUAUGGGCUUUGAGCUUCCAUGGGUGUACUUUGUCAGUCUCGUGAUCUUCGGCUCCUUUUUCGUUCUUAACCUGGUUUUGGGUGUGUUGAGCGGAGAGUUCUCCAAAGAGAGAGAAAAGGCCAAAGCUCGUGGAGACUUCCAGAAGCUGCGAGAGAAGCAGCAGCUAGAGGAGGACCUGAAGGGUUACCUGGACUGGAUCACUCAGGCUGAAGAUAUUGACCCUGACAAUGAGGAUGAGGCAGACGAGGAGUGUAAACGCAACCGGGUGACUCUGGCUGACCUUACUGAGAAGAAGAAAGGAAGGUUUGGGUGGUUCAGCCAGUCGUCUGACACUCAUGCAAGCGUUCCUGCCAGCGAAACCGAAUCUGUGAACACAGAAAACCAAAAUGGGGAGGAUGAAAAGACGCCAUGCUGUGGACCUCUUUGUCAAAAAAUUUCAAAGUCAAAGUUCAGUCGGCGCUGGCGCCGCUGGAACAGGUUCUGUCGCAGAAAGUGUCGGUUGGCCGUCAAAUCCGUGCCUUUCUAUUGGCUAGUCAUUAUCCUGGUUUUUCUCAACACCCUCACCAUAUCAUCAGAGCACUACAACCAACCUUUGUGGCUGACACAAGUACAGGAUGUGGCCAACAAGGUGCUCUUAGCCCUGUUCACCUGCGAGAUGUUGGUGAAGAUGUACAGCCUCGGCCUACAGGCCUACUUUGUAUCACUCUUCAACCGCUUUGACUGCUUUGUGGUUUGUGGAGGAAUCACCGAAACCAUCCUGGUGGAGCUGGAGAUCAUGUCACCCCUCGGGAUCUCAGUGUUCCGCUGUGUGCGGCUGCUGAGGAUUUUCAAGGUCACACGCCACUGGCAGUCACUCAGCAACUUGGUGGCUUCCCUCCUCAACUCCAUGAAGUCUAUCGCUUCCCUGCUGCUGCUGCUCUUCCUCUUCAUCAUCAUCUUCUCGCUGCUGGGCAUGCAAGUGUUUGGUGGAAAGUUCAACUUUGACGAAACCCAAACCAAGAGGAGCACCUUUGACAACUUUCCACAAGCACUACUCACAGUCUUUCAGAUCUUGACCGGGGAAGACUGGAACGCUGUCAUGUAUGAUGGCAUCAUGGCGUACGGCGGCCCUUCCUCUUCUGGGAUGAUUUUAUGUUUUUACUUCAUCAUCCUCUUUAUCUGCGGAAACUACAUCCUCCUGAAUGUCUUCUUGGCCAUUGCUGUAGACAACCUGGCAGAUGCUGAAUCUCUCAACACAGAUGAGGGAGAUAAGAAAGGGGACAAAAAAGAUGAUAAAGAUGAGAAGGAUGAAGAUGAGGACAAUGAGGACACCGCGGGAGAGGAGGAAGACCCAGAAGUGCCAGCAGGACCUCGGCCAGCCAUCUCCGACUUGGUCAAGAAGGAGAAGAUCACCCCGAUUCCAGAGGGAAGUGCCUUUUUUAUCUUCAGCAACACUAAUCCGGUUCGCGUGUUUUGCCACAAGCUCAUCAACCACCACAUCUUCACCAACCUCAUCUUGGUGUUCAUCAUGCUCAGCUCCGUUUCACUUGCCGCUGAGGAUCCCAUCAGAAACUUCUCUGCUCGUAAUAUUAUACUUGGUUACUUUGACUAUGCUUUCACGGCUAUCUUUACUGUUGAGAUCGUUUUGAAGGUCCUAGGCUAUGCAGAUUAUGUCUUCACUAGUAUGUUUACAUUUGAGAUCAUAUUAAAGAUGACAACAUAUGGAGCUUUCCUCCAUAAGGGAGCUUUCUGCAGGAAUUACUUCAAUCUUCUCGACCUGUUGGUGGUGGGAGUGUCUUUAGUCUCCUUUGGCAUACAGUCGUCUGCUAUCUCAGUGGUGAAGAUUCUCAGGGUACUUCGCGUCCUGAGACCCUUGAGAGCCAUCAAUCGAGCCAAAGGCCUAAAGCAUGUGGUGCAGUGUGUGUUUGUGGCAAUUAGAACCAUCGGCAACAUCAUGAUUGUCACAACGCUUCUUCAGUUCAUGUUUGCCUGUAUAGGAGUGCAGCUCUUCAAGGGAAAGUUCUAUCGCUGCACAGAUGAAGCCAAGUCUAGCCCAGAGGAGUGCAAAGGCACCUACAUCCUGUAUAAAGACGGCGAUGUGAACCAACCCACCAUCCACAAACGAACGUGGCACAACAGCGAUUUCAACUUUGACAACGUGCUCAUGGCAAUGAUGGCUUUAUUUACUGUAUCCACCUUUGAAGGCUGGCCUGCGUUACUGUACAAGGCAAUCGACUCUAAUAGGGAAAACCUUGGGCCCAUUUACAACUACCGUGUGGAGAUUUCAAUCUUCUUCAUCAUCUACAUCAUCAUCAUUGCCUUCUUCAUGAUGAACAUCUUUGUAGGUUUUGUGAUUGUCACCUUUCAGGAGCAAGGAGAGAAGGAGUACAAAAACUGUGAACUGGACAAGAACCAGCGCCAAUGUGUGGAGUAUGCUUUGAAGGCCCGUCCUCUGAGGAGGUAUAUCCCCAAGAACCCUUACCAGUACAAAUUCUGGUAUGUGGUCAAUUCUACCGGAUUUGAGUACAUCAUGUUUGUGCUCAUCAUGCUCAACACACUCUGCCUAGCUGUACAGCACUAUGGCCAGUCGGCACUUUUCAACUAUGUAAUGGACAUCCUCAACAUGGUCUUCACGGCUGUUUUCACUGUGGAAAUGGUUCUCAAGCUCAUUGCUUUUAAACCCAGGCACUAUUUCGCUGAUGCUUGGAACACAUUUGAUGCCUUAAUAGUCGUUGGUAGCGUCGUCGAUAUUGCUAUCACUGAAGUGAAUAACACAGAGGACAGCGCCCGCAUUUCUAUUACCUUCUUCCGUCUCUUCCGAGUCAUGCGGCUCGUCAAGCUUCUCAGUAGAGGGGAGGGCAUCCGUACUCUUCUUUGGACGUUCAUCAAAUCCUUCCAGGCUCUGCCAUACGUCGCUCUUCUGAUAGCUAUGCUAUUCUUCAUCUAUGCUGUCAUUGGGAUGCAGGUGUUUGGCAAAAUUGCGAUGGUGGAUGGAACGCACAUCAACAGGAACAACAAUUUCCAGACCUUCCCUCAGGCUGUUCUCCUCCUCUUCAGAUGUGCAACUGGAGAGGCGUGGCAAGAGAUCAUGUUGGCCUGCAUGCCAGGAAAGUUGUGCGACCCAGAGUCAGACUACAACCCCGGAGAGGAAAUGACAUGCGGCAGUGGAUUUGCAAUUGUUUACUUCAUCACCUUCUACAUGCUUUGCGCCUUUUUGAUUAUUAAUUUGUUUGUUGCUGUCAUCAUGGACAACUUUGACUAUUUGACACGCGAUUGGUCCAUCCUUGGCCCACACCACCUGGAUGAAUUCAAGAGAAUUUGGUCGGAGUAUGAUCCUGAGGCAAAGGGAAGAAUUAAACAUCUAGACGUGGUAACACUCCUUCGACGAAUCCAGCCUCCUCUUGGCUUCGGUAAACUGUGUCCUCAUCGAGUAGCGUGCAAGAGGCUGGUGGCCAUGAAUAUGCCUCUCAACAGUGAUGGCACCGUCAUGUUUAAUGCUACUCUUUUUGCACUGGUGCGAACAGCCCUCAAAAUAAAAACUGAAGGGAAUCUCGAGCAGGCCAAUGAGGAGCUUCGAGCUGUCAUCAAGAAAAUCUGGAAGAGAACCAGUAUGAAGCUGCUGGAUCAAGUAGUGCCGCCUGCUGGUGAUGAUGAGGUAACCGUGGGGAAGUUCUAUGCCACCUUCCUGAUACAGGACUACUUUAGGAAAUUCAAGAAACGUAAAGAGGAAGGCCUAGUGGGUGCACACCCCUCCCAGAACAGCACAGCCAUCGCACUGCAGGCUGGCCUCCGCACACUCCAUGAUAUUGGGCCCGAAAUUCGCCGAGCGAUAUCAUGUGACCUGCAAGAUGAUGAACUAGUAGACUUUAUACCAGAGGAAGACGAGGAAAUAUAUAGGCGUAAUGGCGGACUUUUUGGCAACCACCUAAUGAACGGAGGUCAUCGAAGGUCCAACGGCCACCAGACAAACGCAACCCAACGGCCUCUGCAGGUGCAGCCACCCCCUCACUACGCUCACAUGGAGCAACCGGUGGGACGGCUUUCUCGAGCCAACGCAAUGUCCCACGCCAACCACCGUCACCACCACCACCAUCACCACCACCACCGCCACCACAACAAUUCCUAUGGCAAGUCUCCCAAAUCCACCAACAUCAACCUCAACAAUGCCAACAAGUCCAGUCUACCCAACGGGGGGCACCAGCGCUACUACGAACAUGCCCCUCCGAAUGGCUACCCGGGUCAUCACGGCUCCUACUUUGACUAUGAAAAGUCCCGGACCCCACAAGCUCAAAGAAGGCGCUACUAUGAGACCUAUGUUAGGUCCAACGGUGGAGACAGACGUCACCCCACCAUCCGCAGAGAGGAGGAGUUGGAUGAAGAUCGUUUGUCUGGAGAGUAUUUCAGUGGAGAGGAGUUUUAUGAAGAUGACAGCAUGCUUUCAGGGGACAGGUACCAGAACAGUGACACUGAGUAUGAGACUCCCAAAGGUUACCAUCAUCCUGACAGUUACUAUGACGACGAUGAGCAGCCUCUCUACCGUGACUCAAGGCGGUCACCAAAAAGACGUUUGCUUCCUGCAACACCUGAAGGUCACAGGAGGCCAUCUUUCAACUUCGAGUGUCUGCGGAGGCAGGGUAGCCAGGAUGAGCUUCCACAUCAGCGUACUGCACUACCACUACACCUCAUGCAGCACCAGGUCAUGGCUGUAGCAGGCCUGGACUCCAGCAGGGCCCAUCGCCUUUCCCCGACCCGCUCUACCCGUUCUUGGGCCACGCCCCCUGCGACCCCCGCCAGUAAAGACCAGUCACCGUACUACACCCCUCUCAUCCGUAUAGACCACCCACACAGGGAUAGUGCUGCCAGCAGUCACAUAUCGGUGCGCAAGAGCUCCUGGUACUCUGACGACCCCGAGUUCACGCAGAGGACGUACUCGCCUAUUCACCUACAGGUGCCACCCGAGUACCACAGCCAGUACCACCAGAAGCGAGGCAGCGCCACUAGUCUUGUUGAAGCGGUUUUGAUAUCAGAGGGACUCGGGAGGUACGCCAAGGAUCCCAAGUUCGUCGCAGCCACUAAGCAUGAGAUAGCGGACGCCUGCGAGAUGACCAUUGACGAGAUGGAAAGCGCGGCCAGCCACCUGCUGAACGGUGGCAUGGCACCUGUUAUCAACGGGGUCAACGUAUUCCCUCUCAUAACUGCGGGGGACUUUGAACCGCAGGACCCGGCGGCCAGCUACAGCGACGAGGAGCCCGAGACGGAACCCCGGGCUCCCUACGAAGAGGAUUUGGCUGACGAGAUGAUUUGCAUCACGACUUUAUAGCAGAAAAGGACCCUUGACAGACUACAAUCAGUGAAAAUACAAGACAUUGUAUUCAUAGGCUCUGACCAAAAGAAGUGCCUUUACACUGAAGAAAAAGGCAUAGGGAAGAGAGAUACCCAUGCUUCAUAAAAGGAAACUUCUCUCCCUGCCAGAGGGGCCGACCUGACCUUCCUGUCAAAGGGCUUGACCUGGGGGUCUGGGCAGAGACCAUCCAGGAUGAGUGGCGAGGACGUGCCAUGCUCUUUAGGGCUGGUGUGUAAGGGUGAUGACAAUCAGAUGUACGAUGUCAUUACCUCAGUCACUUUAUUAAGGUUUGGCAUAUCAUGCAAGUUUUCAAUGCAAGCAUAGAAAGGAAAGCAUAUCUCUCCUCCCAACCCAUCCCCUCCUUUAGUCUGAUUUGAUCCCUUUGUCCCAUGAUACUUACAGUAGUAAUGCUGCAGCCGAGUCACACAGCAAAGAGUCGCAACAAAACAGAAUAUGCAGGAACUAACAUGUUACUUUUCAAGCAUUUGUGAUGAAUGCACUAGUAGGCAGGUUAUUUCCAAAUGUAGAUUAGCCUGAUCAACAUUUCCUAGUUGAGAUGCUGUAAAUUGUAUUAUAUAAUACAGGACACUUUGUAAAGAGAUAUUCUAUAUUUUGUAAUUAUGUAUGAUUUCAAAGAUCAGCAAUAUGGACCAUUCUGAUGUGCUGUAAAAGCAAACACCCAUUUAUUAGGUACCAUUUGCUGAAUUUGAUUUGCCUUUUACGUUUUGUGGGAAACGCAGCCUUUUUUUUUUUGGUCUUUUUUCUUUUAAAUGCCUUCGACCACAGUUUGAAGAGGUUUUGCUCGUGUGACCAACACAAACUGCACAAGUCAAGCAAACUGUUCUGAUUUCUUAGCACAAGUGAGCUACUUUAUUGUUUGGUAUAGAGUCAAACCCUUUUUCUUUUUUUUUUUUUGUUUUUUCCAACUUUAUUUACCAAAUGAAUUACAUCAAAGUUGGGACACUUUGCAAAAUGUGAAUGCAAUGAUUUGUGCCGAAUUUCAAUAUUUUAUUCUGCACAUAGAUGACAGGUCAAAAGUUUAAAAUGAGAAAAUAUAUAAUUUUAGGGGGCAAAAACACGAGAGACAAUGUCAAAAUGCGAAAGUCAUCGGCAUUGAGCUGAUAGCGAACACACGGGGCGCGAUGCGACUGCAACGGCAAGUAACACGCAUCGCCCUCUGGCUGUGCGUCAUUGCUCGUCUCUGAUUGGUUAUGAAUUCAGAGGGCAUUUCAAAAUAUCCGGUCUUUUCUGAGCACCAAUAAUUUCCCAUACUGAUGCUUUUUUAUUCAUAUCCUGGAAAUCACAUCGAGAAAGUAUGUACUGAUCUUACGUACACUGCUGAAAUAACAAGCAAUGUUAUACAAUCAUUGAAACUAGUAAAGAACAGCAAACAUAUAAGAGAUACGAGAAAAAAAUCAAAUAUCCAUGUUGACAGGUUUUUUUUUCCUAUGUUGACAAAGUGUGGUGAGUGGAUGUCAAUUUUCAGAUUGGCCAGUGUCCUCGCAGGUGAUUUGUCGAUCAAUAAAUCUGUUGCUUUGCUGAUUGGUUGUAGUGCCAGCCGACAGAAAUGGAACCAUAUCCUAUUUUCAUAUAUCGCGUCGCUGGUCCGCGUGUCCACAUGUACGUGUUUAAGCGCAAAAUUUCACGUGCACGAACGUCGUGUGUCGCUUCGCCACAAGAGGGUUGGCUAUUUUCGCCUCGUUACACUCGUUCCAUAGAAAUAUGUAUUUUGCCCCUAAGGGGAAAGAAACAUUGAUUUUAAAUUAGAUGGUGUAAUCACAUCAAAAAAAAAGUUAGGAUAAGGUUAUUUUCACCACUCUGAGGCAUCCCCCAUUCUUACAAGAGUCUGCAAACGUCUGGGAACAGCGUAGACAAGUUCAGAAAUAACUGUUAAACCGUCUUGAGCUUUCUUUGUUGCAACUUUUUUAUGAUGAGUCAAAUGUUCUCUAUAGGUGAGUGAUCUGGACUAAAGGCUGGCCAUUUCAGUAACUGGAUUCUUUUCCUACGCAGCCAUGAUUUUGUCAUUAUUGCUGCCUGUGGUUUGGCAAUUUCGUGCUGAAAAAGAGAUGACAUCUGGAUGAGAGCAUAUGUUGAUCUAGAACUUGAAUAAAUCUUUCUGCAUUGACGGUGCCUUUCCAGAUGUGAAAACUGCCCAUGCCGCACGCACUCAUGCAGCCCUAUAUCGUCACAGAUGCAGCUUCUGAAUGCUGAUGACAAUUUGGGUUGUCCUUGUCCUCUUCAGUUUAGAUCAGUGGUCCCCAACCUCCACAGACCGGUGUGAUGUAGGCCUAUUUCUUCAUGGACUGGCAAUGUGUUGCAGACAAUUACAGUAAAUAUAAAAUAACAUGAGGGAGCUAAAAACAAACAUUAGGUGCAGGGAAAAUGUAACUCACCAUUUUUUUUUUAAACAGCGGCCUCUACUAAAACUUGACAGCAAAUAUCCUUGGUCACAGGCAGAAUGAGUUCUUCUCUAAUAGUGAAAGAUUCCUUGGCUUUAGCAAUACGAUUCGCCAUAAGGUAUGAUGCUCUCAGUGCAUCCGCUUUUGUUGCAUCGUUUGCUUGCUAGCCACAUAUUAUGGAGAAUGGACUUGGUUGUAGGCUUCUCUUGUGGCUCAGCAGGUGGCUUUUUCCCGUAAAAAAAGCUGUCCAAAGAUGUUGCCGCCUGCAGCACACAGCCAAUAGUAGAUAACAUUACUGUUUACAUUGACUGAGCCUAGGCUGCUAUAGGUGUGCAAACACCCCAGUAAUGGCGGCCAACCAUUAGAAUGCUGCCUACGCAAAUCUCUACUCAAAUUACCCAAAAGGCACAGGCCAGAUUGCGGUCAUUGACAAAUUGUUUAUUAUUUCUCUGCGGCCCUGUAGCAAAUGCGCCUCGGCCCGAUGGUUGGGAAUCACUGCUGAGUUGCUGAGCCUGUUACAUAACCGUAUUAUGCCAAAAAGAUGACACAAAAAUCAUCCAAAUUAAACCAGAACAUGAUGACAAAGUGCAUGAGUGCCCUCUAGAGGCGAAAGAACAUUGUUACCUCUGAAUCUCUGAAUGGUAUACUAGAGUCAUGCGUUUAUUGUUGCGACAUCUCAUUGGUGAAACUGGUAGCGUUAUCGUCGGCAUCCCUGGCAAAAAUAAAGUCAAUAUGUAGAAUAAAGAGGAAAAAUAUAACGACUUUAGUGUAGCCCAAAGUAGCAGAGUAAGAGUAGUGUUUCUUCACAAAACUACUCAAGUAAAAGUAAAAACUAUUGUGUGGUAAAACUACUCUAAGAAGUACAUUUUACUCAAAAAGUUACUGAGGUGAAUGUAACGGCGUAAAUGUAACGUAUUACUACCCACCUCUGCAGAAAAUCACAAUAAAAAAUAACACGACGGGGCUAACACCCCAGUAAUGGCGGCCUACUUUACUCGGAUUAGUCAAGCUGCACAGGUCAUACUGCGGUCGUUACCUAAUUAUUUAUUAUUUCUCUGUGGCCUGGUAGCAAAUGCGCUUCGGACCGGUAACAGUCCCUGGCCCGGUGGUUGAGGAUCCCUGGUUUAGACGACAUGGCUUCCCAAUUUUCCAUAAAUAACUUCGAAUCUUGAUUUGUCCAACCACAGAACAGUUUUCCACCUUGCCACACUCCGUUUUAAAGGCCCAUACGCCUGCAUUUCUGGGUCCUGUUUAGAAAUGGAUUCUUUUUAUGCUCUGUAGAGUUUCAGCUGGCAACAGCGGACGGUACGGUUGAUUGUGUUGACCGACAAUGGUUUCUGGAAGAAUUGCUGACCACUGUGAUCUCCUUUACAGUAGCAAUUCCGCAUUUUCUCAGUUUAAACUAAUGAUCUGUCACAGUGUUGUUUUUGGCAGCCAUUUUAAUUUUCUUUUUAAUGAAACUACUUAUUAGUCUUAGUCAAAUUUUAGUCAUUUCAAAAUGUGUUUGUCUUUGUCUAGUUUUAAUCAACAAAAACUCAAGACAAAUUUCGUCUAGUUUUAGUGGACAAUUUUCAAAAAAAAUUUUUUGUCUAUAAACUUUAAAAGUUUUAGUCCAUUAAUAAAUAAAUAAAUGAAUAAAUAAAAGGUUUCCAACAAUUUCGAAUGAACAUGACAGACGAGCACAUAACUGUAGAGUUUACCAGAACAUCACCAUUUUUAUGAUGAUAAUACAUACUCAGCAGGACAACAGCACAUUAUUUGCAAUCAAUUAAACUCAUCUGGACACCACGAAUUGUAUGUUAAAAUGUUUUCCCAAGAGCACAUCACAUGAGUGACACGACCAAUCACUGCUAAAUGCGUUCUUACUUCACAUACAAUAAGAAAAUAUCACACAUUGUGAAUUUAUGAUGGAAACUGGCGAAUUUUUCUCUCCUACUCGUGUCGUCAGACGACAACUGGCAUCCAUCUCGUUAUAUUCUAGUCUCUCAAGACACGUUUUCAGUGCAUCAUCGUGACGUCAUCGUCAUGACAAAAUUGUUCGUUGAUGAAAUAUUUUCGUUAUCUUCGCUGACGAAAACAACACUGAUUUGUCAUCUAUGUUCUAUUUUGAAUAGAAUUUGGGACUUCCACAUCAUUGCAUUCAGUUUUUAGUCAGAAUAUUGUCACAACUUUUUUGGAAUCUGGUUUGUACAAACCAAUGGUUGCUGCUUUCUUUUUUUUAAAUUUUUUUUUUUUACUUCAAAUUCAAUUAUGGUUGCUCUUGAUUGAAAUGCCUUUUUGCUGCUGAAAGAAGAUGGAUAGUAUAGCAAAAAUAAUGGAGGGUAUAAAUGAUUAUCUAUAAAAGCUAGUGCUGAAGUUUUAUUGUUGGUGUUGAUGAUGGCCCCUUUAAGAGUUAUAAAAUCCCAUGUUGAGUGUGUGAGGACAGCAUCCACCUGGUGGCCGGACAGUGUCCUAUUGAGCAAUACUAAAAGCCCCUCCCCGCUUUACGACACCCCCUUUCUCUCUCUACCUGCCUGGAAUCGAGUAAACCUCGUUUGGCAAAGGUGACAACAUAUCAUCAUCAAAAUGUAUCUAUUGUAUGUGUCACAGUGUCCCACAGGGAAGUUUUAAACAGGGUUAAACAUGGAUCCGCUGAUGACAAAAGGCGACAACUAGAUGGCCGAUGAACACAAGCUAACUUUAUUUACAUGAUGCUGAGCUUUACAAUGAAGUUUGAUUAAGCGUCAAGAAUAUUUAGGAUUCUUAUGAUCCGUUGUACAUGUUUGGUCUGUCGGCGUGUGCGUGCUGUACGCUAAUUUAACCGUCAUGACAAUGUAGAUUUUCCAUUUUGUGUGCACAUUGAAAGGGCUCUUUGAAAUGUUUGUGCGUUUAAAAAAAAAAAAAAAAUGUGUACAAUUCCUUUUGCUGAUGACAAAAAGGAAUGCACAUUACUGGCACAUUGUACUAUUCGUAGCAAUUGAUGAAAUGAAGAUAUGCAUUAUUUUGUAAAACUUUUAAGCAUUGAUUUAAUCUAAAGAUUAAAAGAACUUACUUUUACCUCAAGUCAGGGAUUCCUGAAAAAAAGAGUAAAAUAGUGACUUGGUUGAGUCUUAAAUAUUAGCACAUAGUUGUUUGUCUUUGCACAAGUAAGUGUAUUGUGCUUCUGUUUCUCCUUUUUCUAAACUGAUUUGUGUAUUAAGGUGAGACAAUUUUUGUACUUUUUUGUGACUGUGUGUUUGGUUUAGUGGAAUCUAUAUUUGUCAUUCACACCUCAUCUUACAAUGCUGGGAAUGAACGCGAAUCAAAAGAAUAUUUUCAAGGUGCGUUGUUGCUCUGCUGGGAAAACACGAAAAUGGAUAAAAUACCAGUUUACAGAGAAACGUGCCGUUUCUAUCACUUAGCUUCGUAUUGUUAUAAAUAUUACUUUUAUUAAUGUUUUGAAAGCUGUAUUCAAAUAGAGGAUGAUGUAAAAUAUGUAUAAAGUAUUGGAAAGACCCAUGGUAAUGUUCUCUACUUGAAAGUCUUGAUAUUUGCUCUUACAUGUUUCUUUUUGGUUGACAUCAUCUCUUAGUAGCAAAUGCUUUAAUAUAUAAAAUUGGGUUUUGUAAAAAUACUUUUUUGUAUUUUUUGUUUGAUAUUGGCGUUGUCUUUAUCUAAAUCCAUUCUGUUAUUUAUUUUCUAUUGAGCAUCAUUGAAUAAACUCAUGCUGAAGUCUUUUUCGGGGGUGUUUUAGAGAGGUUUAUAUACUGUACAUGUUGCACGUUUCACACAAACAGAUUUAUUGACGUCAGGCAAGUGCUUCUUGUUUGAUUGUUUUAGACAUUCGGAGGAUUCAGGCUGGUAACACUUUGUUGGCUGUCAUUUCCACCACGGUGGCUGCUUCUGAUGCGUCGUCGUCUUCCAG